UGAGGAGAGCAAGGGGAACUGGCCCAAACGGACAUCAGGGCUAUGGGAGACCUUUCUGAUGGGACCUUUACUGAUGAGGUCCAGAGUUCCAGUUCUUUCAGCUCCUCCGGAGGACAGCAGCCCUGGUCCCAUACCUCUGGGAGCACAUCUGGGAGUGGAAAGACCACUGCACGCUUGGAGUAUCGAGACAGACAAUCUGAGCUUUCAGACUGCCCAAAUAAUGAAAAGAAAUUCACUAGAAAAUGGAUCAACCAUCUCAAGGGCAAAGAAACGAACUCUGGACAGCGCCCGUGGGACACUAAACUUCAAACAGAAACCACUCGGGUAUCUGAUGAAGAACUGAAUGCCCUGCGGUCUUUUUGUGACAUUAAAAUCAACCUGAUCCAUCACAGAGCAAACUCCAAGGAGAAAAAGGGCAGCAGACGUAAAAGGCUACAGCUUAGAUUGGAUGCAGAGGUUUCAGAGAAAGAGGACUUAAACUGUACCGUUCCUGAUGAACUUUUGAACAGAAUCUACCUAAAAAACCUGAGGACAACACCAAAACAGGUGGCGACAGCUAAGCAACACAUUUCUUCUUGGUGUCCCCACUGCAACAGAAAAAGAGCAGAACUGGCUCAAUCUGCCUUUCUGGGACAGAAGAAGACUUUGCUAGAGUCCCUUCUACUCCAAGAGAAGAUAGACAAACAUCUUUAUACCAAAGACUUUCUUACCCGCAUUGGAGAUGCACAUCAGGAGGGUUUUCCCAGGCUUUCAGAUGACCCCAGAAUAAUCUGGAAAAGACUGAAUGAGAAAAGUCGGAUCAGAUACGAUGGUUUUGAAAGGUCAGAUAGAGAGGAGAUGCGGCAGAAUGAAAAAAGCGCUUGUCACUCACCCUUUCUCUGCCGCUUGACCAAGCCACCUACUCUAUCCAAACAGGAGAUGGUGUUUACCAAUGAUAAUGUGUAAUGUGGAUAAAUGUUUCUGUUGUGUAUUUGAAUAAUCAUCAUUUUUACUACUUGGGGAACUAAUUUAAGACUUGACUAUGCUUCCUUCACAGCUGUGUGGGCUAAAAACUCUCCAUCCAGUAUGUUUAUUAUUAUUAUUGUUAUAGAUGGCAACACUGUAGUUGGUAUACUACAAAACGUUUGAAACAAUCCAGGAGAGAGAUGUUGGUGGUUUAGACUAGGGUUUGACAAUACAGAUAGAAGUACAGAGAUGUAAGAGAUACUUAGUAGAUAAUAAUUAACAAUCUUUGGUGAAGAAAUGGAUAUGGGAUUUAAUAAAAGGUAAAUGUUAAGAAUGGUACUAAAUUCCUGACUUGUGCACUUGGAUGAAAAAUAUCAUUAAAGGAACAUUGGGAAA